AUUCUGGAUAUGGGAAAGCUCACGUCCGCCGCGGAAAAGCCUUGAAACAAAAGGUCCUUCUCUAGAAAGCCGCGUUUCUGAGCAUAGUGCGAUCUUCAAAUUUCUAAUUUCUCCGAAGCAUCGUUCUCUUUAUUCGAAUUUCGAUCGAGAUCUGGAGUGAGUUCGCCGGUUUUCCCAGAUGGCUCUGAAUCCUCAACUUUUUCCUAAUGGGAUGCCCGUUCCUUUUGUGAACGAGAUGUUUGUCUUGGCCAGAGAUGGCGUUGAGUUCGAGGUCGAUAAGAUUCCUGGAAAUCAAGGGGGUCACAUCAAAACAAAGGGAACCAUCUAUUUGUCAAAUAUACGAAUGGUUUUUGUUGCUAAACUGCCUGUUGGAGACUUUGCAGCUUUUGACAUGCCUUUGCUUUACAUCCAUGGUGAAAAAUUUAACCAACCAAUAUUUCACUGCAACAAUAUUUCUGGACUUGUCGAGCCUGUUGUACCGGAUGACCAACACACAGCUCUUCAUUCCACACACUCAUUUAAGAUCUUGUUCAAAGAAGGGGGCUGUGGAACCUUUGUCCCUCUUUUCUUCAAUUUGAUUGCUUCAGUAAGGCGUUAUAAUCAACACUCUAAUAUCAGGACGGAAUCCUACCUGGAUCCUUUGCAAGCAUCACAGCCGCCUGUAGAUGAGAUGAUGAGACACGCGUAUGUUGAUCCUAAUGAUCCAACAAGAAUAUUUCUACAACAACCUAACCCUGAUUCCCAGCUUAGGCGCCGAACAUAUCAGCCCCACUCAGUUGAAGGCCAUCUAUGAGUCUAUGUUACCCGAUCAUUUCCCAUGUAUGGGUGCUGAUAUUGUAUUAUAUUUUAAUAAAAUUACAUGAUACAACAGAUCAUCUGUGUAGUUCUCAUACAUGGAACGUAUAACUAAAAGUUCACAUUGAAAUGUAUGGUAUGCGGCAUAUUUAUAUCUUUAUGUUCACGGGGUUUCUCAUGGUU